CACUCGACAGACACAUUCCAACUGCCGUCUACAUAUCCAUUUCCCACGCGUCGAGAUUCUGGAUCUGUUCUGAAGCUCGCCGCCCUACUAUCCUUCGGCCAAGACCUGCCGUUGUCCCCGCGAGCUCUGCGCCCAUCAAGCCACCUGGAUAGUUUGUAAGACCUGGGGUCGGGCCUUGUUUCGCCAGCGAGAUAUGACGGAUGUUAUCCACUUGCCCGGCUGAGCGACUAUUGAUAAGGAGCCUCGUUCCAUAUUAUGCAAUCGCAAUGAUAUAGGCCUAUCCAGCCCGACGUUCACACACAUCUCUCGACAGGUAGGAAACAAAGACUGAGCAUAUGAGGGUUGUUGUUCUUGCCUAUAAAUCUUCAUAUCAUUCCCGGUAUAACGCGAGGGAGGACUCUCGCUCACAGCGAUCAUGGAGUCCCACAUUCAACGCCUUGUUGAUCAGACCUGGGAAAAGUUCCAGAAAUGCGACGGCUCGCAGCGCCUCCUGAUUGCCAUUUCCGGCAUCCCAGGCAGCGGGAAAACCACGCUCGCGGCGUCCGUCUGUGCGGGCCUGAACAAAACCCACCACCACCAUCAGAGCAAGCGCUUCCCCAACAGCCCCAAUCGCUCGGGCCCAGACAUCGCCUUUGUCGUCCCGCUCGACGGCUACCACUUGACCCGCAGACAGCUCAGCGAGAUGCCUAAUGCCGAAGAGGCCAUCUUCCGCCGCGGUGCCGCCUUCACGUUCGACGCCCAAAGCUAUCUCAAACUGGUGGAGAAAGUGCGCAAGCCCAUCAGCCCGGAGACAUUGACGAUCUACGCACCCAGCUUCGACCACGCCGUCAAGGAUCCCGUGGCGAACGACAUCGCCAUCCCGCCCACGGCGCGGAUCAUCCUUUUUGAAGGGUUGUACACGGCGCUGGACGAGCCGGGGUGGAGGGACGCCCACGACUUGAUGGACGAGACGUGGUUUGUCGACGUCGACAUCCCCACGGCCACGCAGCGGGUCGCGAAACGCAACUUCGCCGCCGGCAUUUCGGGCUCCUUCGAAGAGAGCCUCGACCGCACGGAGAAAAGCGACAUGCGGAACGCGAAGGACGUCCUGGAGAAGAGGCUGCCCGUCCAGGAGAUCGUGCCGAGUGUCGAGGACGAGUCCUGGCGGAGUGAGGAGGUCAGGAACGUGGACGGCCGGUUACAGGGCCAAGAGGACGGCGACGACGACAAGGACGAGGAGGAGAUGAGGAGGGAGAGAAUGACCAGGAUGGACAGCAUUGCCCUGCUGGCUGCGGACGGGGUUGGCAUGUGAAAAUUCUCAAAAUCUUCUAUCGAAAUGUGAGGAAGGAGUUGACGGAAGCUGAACUGGAUUGUUACAAUGCGCACAGCGGACCGAGGUCGAGUCAGCGAGUUUAGCACGCCUAGGAAGAGCCGUGAAUGAAGGUCCCUCCCAAGUGGUUGUAAGUGUUGCGCUGCAUGGUUCGGCUCCCCGCGGUUUGUGUGGCGCACACAAUGCCUCCGUCAUGCCUAGCAAGAACCUGCCAUCGGGCUACACACAAAAAGGGACUGGAUAGUCUGAAAUCAAACGAGGAUGCCUGUCUUGACAUUUCUUCUGUUGUCGCAGGCGCAGACCAAUGCAGCCCCCGUUAAGAAAGACAUGAUUAAUAAAGCAGAAUGCUCC